AGGGGCGGAGCCUAUCGUCACGCGCAGCCCCGCCCCUGCCCCUCGGUCUCCGGGAGGCGGCAACCGCUUCUCGUCUCUUCCCUGUUGUCGGGGACCUCGGUUCUCGGUGACCAUGGGGGACCCCAGCAAGCAGGACAUCCUGGCCAUCUUCAAGCGCCUGCGCUCGGUGCCCACUAACAAGGUGUGUUUCGACUGUGGUGCCAAGAAUCCCAGCUGGGCAAGCAUAACCUAUGGGGUGUUUCUCUGCAUUGACUGCUCAGGGUCACACCGGUCACUCGGUGUUCACUUGAGUUUUAUUCGAUCCACAGAGCUGGACUCAAACUGGUCUUGGUUUCAGCUUCGAUGCAUGCAAGUUGGCGGAAACGCGAACGCUUCCUCCUUUUUCCACCAACAUGGGUGUGCCACCAACGACACCAACGCCAAGUACAACAGCCGUGCGGCUCAGCUCUACAGGGAGAAAGUCAAGACUCUGGCCACCCAAGCCACCCGGAAGCAUGGCACCGAUCUGUGGCUUGACAGCUGUGCAGUUCCACCUGUGUCCCCACCUCCAAAGGAGGAAGACUUUUUUGCUUCUCAGGCCUCUCUGGAGGUCAGUGGCACCAUGUGGUCAUCAGCCCGGCCCGAGCCAGCCCCUGUAGCACCGUGGGGCUUGGAAAACACUCCAGAAAAGAACGAAGGUGGGCCAGAACAGGGGCCAAGUGUGGAAGGUCUGAACGCCCCUGGCAAGGCCACACUAGAGGUUUCAUCCAUUAUAAAAAAGAAACCAAAUCAAGCAAAAAAAGGACUUGGAGCCAAAAAAGGAAGCUUGGGAGCCCAGAAGCUGACGAACACCUCAUUCACUGAGAUUGAAAGGCAAGCUCAGGCUGUGGAUAAGAGGAAGGAGCAGGAAGACCUGGCCAGGGGUGCCCCUCAGGAGGAGUCCAUUGUCUCCUCGUUGCGACUGGCCUACAAGGAUCUUGACAUUCAUAUGAAGAAAGAUGAAAAACUGAACCUUAGUGGACAGAAGAAGGCGGAAGCCGAGAGACUGGGCAUGGGCUUUGGAAGCUGCAGGAGUGGCAUCUCCCACUCAGUGACUUCAGACAUGCAGACCAUCGAGCAGGAGUCACCCACACUGGCAAAGCCGAGGAGGAAGUACCCAGAGGACCCCGAGGAGUCGUACUUCAGUUCCAGGUGGUCUGAGCACCGCAGCGGCCAUGGGUACUUUGACGACCCCAUGGAGUUGAGAGGCAGUUCCUUUUCUAGCUGGGAUGACAGCGCUGACUCCUAUUGGAAGAAAGACAGCAGCCAAGACCCUGAGCCUGCCACAAAAAGCACGGGCUCCUCAGACAGGCCCAGUGCCCGCCGGAAGCCGGACUAUGAGCCCGUGGGCAACACGGAUGAAGCCCAGAAGAAGUUUGGCAACGUCAAGGCCAUUUCCUCCGAUAUGUACUUUGGAGUGCAAGCCCAGACAGAUUUUGAGACCCGGGCGCGGCUAGAGAGGCUGUCGGCCAGCUCCGCCAUAAGCUCCGCAGAUCUUUUUGAUGAGCAGAGGAAGCAAGCAGCAGGAAACUACAACCUCUCAAACGUGUUGCCCAACGCCCCGGACAUGGCUCAGUUCAAGCAAGGCGUGCGCUCCGUUGCUGGAAAACUCUCUGUCUUUGCCAACGGGGUCAUGACGUCCAUUCAGGAUCGCUACGGCUCUUAAUCCUGGUGCCAGGCUGUGUCCGACCUGGUAAAACUCCACCUCAGACGGACCUAGGACCACAUUUGGCUACACCGGAGCCCCAGCUGCUUUGCAGGCAGGUUCUACUAGUUGAGAAGGCACCUGCACGCUUCUGAGUUUUCGUAUUUCCUUUGAGACACCCCCAUUUCUAUGUAGUGGAGCUUUGCUUUCAUUUCUGGCUUAGGUUAGCUCC